UCCAGGUGGAACUGGACGUUUAAAGCAGGUGCUCCCAUGUUUCAAGCCAACUCUGGUUUAUGAAUUCGUCUCUGAGGAGCUCUGCUCACACGAACCAGCUGUCUUCAGCAGAUUCAUUCACUUCAGACCGUUACUGGAGUCCCCGUGAUUCGGGCCUUGGGUUGGUGCUGCCUUGACGGGGCGGAAGCUCUGCUCCGGGUCCCCACAAGCAAGGUGAGCAGGUAUGGAGUCUCAGGUUUAAGGAGCUUGACUCCUUGUUAGACGACGCUUCCCAGUAUUUAGGAUAGUCCCUCUGUCGGGCCCCUGGAAGUUCUGCCCCGAGUAACGUUCGGGGUGAGCGAGGACGUCUGCUACAGCGUGGAGGGCGGCUGAUGUGCACGUAGGUGCGUCCUCACACCAGAAAAGCAGCCCAAGCCAUCGCCACGCCGGCCCCCCGCGAAACGGGGGAAGGCCUCGCGCUUCCGCGGGGCGGGGCUCCCCGGCGCCCAUGCAAAUCAGCCGCGGUCGGGCCCGCCCACCCCACGGCUCCGGAAGCUGCAGUCGCCUCGCCCAGCUCCGCGCGGCGGCUCCCGGGCGAUGGCGAUGAGGUUGGCUGCGCGGCGCGGGCGGCCCGUGCGGGUGCUGGUGGACAUGGACGGCGUUCUGGCGGAUUUCGAGGCCGGCCUCCUGCGGGGCUUCCGCCGAAGCUUCCCCGGGGAGCCGCACGUGCCGCUGCAGGAGCGCCGCGGCUUCCUCGCGUGCGAGCAGUACCGAGCCCUGCGCCCGGACCUGGCGGACAAAGUGGCCAGUGUGUAUGAAGCCCCAGGCUUUUUCCUAGACUUGGAGCCCAUCCCUGGAGCCUUGGAAGCAAUGCGGGAGAUGAAUGACAUGCAGGACACCGAGGUCUUCAUCUGCACCAGCCCUCUGAUGAAGUAUGACAACUGUGUACACGAGAAGUACCGCUGGGUGGAGAAGCACCUGGGGCCCCGGUUUGUGGAGCGCAUUAUCUUGACGAGGGACAAGACGGUGGUCUUGGGGGACCUGCUCAUUGAUGACAAGGACACCAUUCAAGGCCAAGAGGAGACCCCAAGCUGGGAGCACAUCUUGUUCACCUGCUGCCACAACCAGCACCUGGCCCUGCCUCCCCCACGGAGACGGCUGCUCUCCUGGAGGGACAACUGGAAGGAAAUUAUAGACAGCAAGCGGGGAGCCCUGCAGCGGGACCGAACCGGCCUGGGGCUGCCCCAGGAAUAAGGCGAGGGGCCAUGGCUGUGGACAGUAGCUGAAAGAAGGGAAGGCAGACCAGCAGGGAACCCGGGCAGAACUGAGCGACAGGGCAGCAUCAUGGCAAUGACCCCUCAGCACUGUGCCAGCCACCUGAACCCUCCUGGCAGAGCUGGCAUGGAAACAUGGUGGGAAAAUCAGGAACGUUUUUAAUAAAACACUUUGGCUCACUGCUCUCUUAAGGCCUUUUAUUUGGGGGAAGCAAAGGGACAGGAGCCCCACGGGGGCAGCUGGGACAGAGGCCGAUGAGGAGGCCUUCGCCUCCCUCCCUCUCAUCUCCUUAGUCCAUUAGUUCCAUAGUCUGCCCACCUCCACGUCCACCUGGAAACCAUUCCUCUCGAAUCUGCCUUUCCUUGGCCAUGUAAGAGACCAUCCUUGGGCUUCCCUGGUGGCGCAGUGGUUAAGAAUCUGCCUGCCAGUGCAGGGGACACGGGUUCGAUCCCUGGUCCGGGAAGAUCCCACAUGCCGCAGAGCAACUAAGCCCGUGCGCCACAAC